GGAAGCUAUUUGGCAUAUUUGGCAGGAGAGGGAAGAAAGGAGGCAGGGAGGGAGGGAGGGCUGUUUUUGAGUGUGUGCCUGAGAAAUGAGAGAGAGAGAGAGAGAGCGGGGAAAGAGGAGGGAACUGAGCUGAGAGAAAUCUGUCAGAUUCAAACACACUGCUCUGUGUGUGUGUAUGUGUGUGUGUGAUAGAGAGAACGAGGGAUGAGAAGAGAGGAGGAGAGCUGAGGAACAGAUAGAAAGAGACAGCAGAGGACCACAAAGUGAGCCUCAGUAAAUCUGCCUCUCUUGCCCCCUGUUGUCUUCUUGUCAUCCACUUCUUCCCUUACUGUUAUCUUCUCUAUUUUCUCCACUGUCUGCUGUUCAGGCCGGUUCACCUAUGGAUCAGCAUUCAUACCAGAAACCCAGGGGAUUCCAUGGACACAUCGACCCGACUGACAUCCCCGCUGAGUGCAGCCGAUCGACACUGAUGCUGAUGUGCUGCAUGCAGCUGUAGAGCGCCAAGGCCAAGGGGUCAGGGGUGAAAGGUCACAGACUACAGAGCUAGAGCAGGCACUGAGGUUGAAAGGUUCCAGGAGGGGAUACUGCAAGGAUACAAGAAGAUUCAGGGUUCGGGACGUAAGGUCUCAGUGACGGACAAGGGUCAAGGUGUCAAAGAUGAUGACAUCGCAUGGAAAGCUGAGGAGGGAGAAAGGGAGUCUGGCCGAGUAUGAAUCGCAGAUGAAAGACCUGCGGGCCCAGCUGACAGACCAGAUAAAGAUUUUAGACUCUCAGGUGGAGGUGAAACAGCAGCAGCUCUCAGACCUGUCUGAGUUUCUCCGGCGUCGAGGCGACAUUGAAGCUGAAUACGCUCGUGCCCUCGACAAACUCACCGAGAGGUUCACCCACAAGACUAAGAAGAAGGAGCAGUGGGGUCAGUCUGUGUGUCAGGUCUGGUCUGUUUUGCUGACUCAGACUCGUCUGGAGAGCCGGGAGCAUGCAGCACUGGGUGACACCUGCUGCAACACUCUCACACAGAGACUGGUGCACAGUACGGAGGAUACACACCGUCUGCACAAACGGAGCAAAGAAGUUGGAAUCCAGAUGCAGGAUGAGUUGCUGAAGGUCACCACUGAACUCCAGACAGCUCUGAAGACAUACAACCAGUACCAUACAGACUGUCUGAUAGCUGAGGGGAAGCUGAAGGAAGCCGAGCGGUUGGAGGAGAGACACACCGGCAAGUCGGCUGAGCUCGGCCCCGGCCAAUCAGGAGGACAGAGGCGGAGUUCUGUCAAGAAGAUGGAGAGAUUAAUGGAGAAGAGGCACGGUAGGGUUCAGGAGACCCAGCUGAAGUGUACCAAGGCUCGUAAUGACUACCUGCUGAAUCUGGCAGCAGCCAAUGCAGCCAUGAACAAAUACUACCUGCAGGACGUGAGCACUCUCAUCGAUUGCUGUGAUCUCGGUUUCCAUCUGUCUGUGGAGAGGGUGAUGAGGUGCUACCUGGCCAGUAGGUGGCGCAUCCAGAAAACAGAGGAGACGGGGCUUAAGCAGCUGGAGGCAGCUGUGACGUCCCUGGAUCAGGGUGGAGACAGAGACGCGUUACUACAGCAACACGACGCCGCCUUCUGCCUUCCAUUCAGAUUCAACUACCACCCACAUGAGGGAGACCAGGUGUGUGAGGUGAGUGCAGAGAGCCAGGUGAGGUACGAGCUGGAGACCAGGUUCCAGCAGCUUCAGUCUCGACUCGCUGCCGUUACCUUGGAAACAGAGGAGAUCAGUAAAACGCUUAAAGCCACCCUCACAGCUCUGCUGGACAAUAUGUGUGACAGUGACUGUAACCCCUCCCCCGACGUGCCCAGCAGCCUAUCACACGACCCCACAGGAGGAAAUACUGUCCCAAAACUUACCCUUGCCAAGCGUCGAGCCAAUCAGCAGGAGACAGAGACCUACUAUUUUACAAAAGUGAAGGAGUUCCUCACCAGCAGUUCUCUGACCUCCAAACUUCAAGCCAAACAUGACCUUCUACAAGAUGCCAUACAGAAAGCUGAAGCUGUCGACAGUGACCCUUCCAGAAUGCAAUGUGCUCGGUCAGUGCGUGUUCGGAAGUCCAGACCUGUUUCCCAAUUCUGCCACACACUCUUCACCACAGACAUACUCUCCUACAUACAGAGCUCUGGGCAGCAGAUUCCUGUGGUGGUUGAAAGCUGCAUCCGUUUCAUAAACCUUCACGGCCUCCACCAUGAGGGAAUAUUCAGAGUUCCUGGGUCACAGAGGGAGGUUAACCUGAUUAGAGAUUCAUUUGAGAGAGGAGAGGAUCCUCUGUCAGACAGUGAGUGUGACCUGGACUCUGUGGCUGGCGUGUUGAAGCUUUACUUCAGGGGCCUUGAGCCUCCUCUCUUCCCUUAUGACAGCUACUCUCAGCUGCUGGAGUGUGUCCAAAUUGAGGGAGAGACAGAGAAAGCUGCCCAGAUUAAAGCGAUUGUCUCCACCUUCCCACGGCCUCUGCUCAUCGUGAUGCGUUACCUUUUCGCAUUCCUCAAUCAUGUGUCUCAGUACAGUGAUGAGAACAUGAUGCAGCCCUACAACCUGGCCGUUUGCUUUGGCCCGAGCCUGCUGAGGGGGUUGGAUUCUGAUGACGCUGUUGCUAGGCAGCCACAGGUUAAUGACCUUGUCAAAACCAUGAUCCUCCAACACGACAUCAUUUUCCCCAGCCAAUCAGACCUGCCCGGCCCCGUCUACGAGAAGCACAUGACUCUGGAGCAGGAGUACUGUGAACCAAUCACAGAGGAGGGAGAUGGAGAGACCGAGCAUCUGCCCAGUGAGGAUGAGUGGGAAGCAGUGGCUAUAUUCGACUACGUGGCGAGAUCUCCAGCAGAACUAUCGUUCAAGCAGGGAGAGCCUCUCAUCCUCCACAGCAAGGCCUCCUGUGAUUGGUGGAGAGGCGAAGUGGGAGGGGUUAAGGGUCUCAUCCCUCACAAGUACAUCAGCGUGCUGGAAGGGUCAGAGCGAGGGAAAAGAGAAGAAGGAGGAGGAGGAGGAGGAGGAGGAGGCAGCACUGGAAACCUGACAACAGAAGAUCCACAGACGGAGAACACAACUCGGAUGCGGGUGAACAGCGACAGUGCGUCGUUGCCUGGAAGACAGAGAGGGAGUGAAGGGAGCCCCAGUCGAAAGCCGCCAACCUCCCCCGCCACACGACACCUGCCGCCUGUGUCUCAGGAGAGAAGACACACUUUGGACACUCUGAGACAGGGCGGCCUCAGACCCGCAGACAGACCUCCAUUUGGUCAGGCAGACAGACCAACAGUUGAUAAGGAGAUGAUCAGCCGUCAGAUGAACUCAGUGUUCAAGGAGCUCCUGUCACGCCAGCCUCCCGUCCAGCCAUCCGCUCUCGCCACCCCUGCUACCCCUGCUCCCCCUGUGUCCUCCUCCUCCUCUUCCUCUCUUGCUCAAGCUGCCCCCGCUGCCAAAAAAGUAGGAUUUGGUCUCAGAGGACGGGCCCUUUUCAGACCAGUGGACUGAGAGAGAGAGAGAGAGAGAGAGAGAGAGAGAGAGAGAGAGAGAGGAUGAGAUGACUGGAAUCACUGAUCUAUUGUUUAAUGAUGAUGAUGAUGAUCACACCGAUGACGAUGAUGCAUUUGGUGAAGAUCUUGAUUUAUUUUUUUGACACGUGUAUAAUAUUUGCGUCUCUGCCAUCUCAUAGUGCCACUAGUCUCGGUGCCGUGUUACUGUGCGUCCAGUGUGUCUGUUUACCAGCUGGUUUUGGUCUUUUUCUGUUCUGGUCUGUUUUUGUUCUCCAGGCUUCUGCAAUUUGUGGAGAAUCAGGGAUGUGACAUCACCAGUGAUAUCAAGACUGACUUUUAAAAGUGGUGGCCAUCAUACUUAACAUCAAAUACUACAACAGACUUAAACUGCCCCCUAGUGGCAGGUCUGAGAUCAGCUCUCCCUAAAAUAUUUCUUUAUUUUGAAUAAAACCUGAUCUGGGGCCUGUGUCUAGGAGUGCCUUCACAUCUGAUUCUCAUCUUGUCCUUCGUAUUCUUCACAUUUAGAUCACUUGAAAAGACCCAGUAGGUUUAAAUUCUACAUAUUACGUUUAAAAGUGUGAUCCAGAAAGACGUUUAAGGAACCCCAAAGUGUUCAAUAUGAAAUAACCGUGAUUAAAUUGUGUAAAAUAUAUAUUGACCUAAAAAAUUGUUAAAUAACUGAGGUAAUUCUUCAGAUUUAACUUAUUAUUACAUUUUAUUUCAUUUUUCAUUUCCAUAAUUACAGUUUCAUUGGUUAUCAGUUAUAACAUUCAAGUUAUAUAUUCAAGUGGUUAUUUAUUUUAUAAAUAUUUAUUUAUUCUACGACUGAACACUGUGGGGCUCCAUAGAUGUUAGCUGGGAAAGCUAUGAGGUCAGUAUUUAAUAGCAGCAUGCAGUGUUAGCACACAUACACACACACUCACACACAGAUGACAGAUAAAACACACAUCCCCCUUCAUAUGUGAUACAUGGCCUGAUGCACAGGCCAAAUCUCAGGGCUUUUGCAGAGUUAGAGACGGGCUAACUCAGGUUUGGCUUUGAAGGAAUAAGUAAGUUUUUGUUUUUGUUUUUCACUCAGGGCUUUGGUUGACGUACUCUUCAACUGGAAACUGUGCCCUAGCCUCAAGAGCCAAAAUGGCCCCCAUAUCAGAGAGGAUUAAGCAACUUCCUCUGGUUUAAACUGUGAAUGCAACGGCGACAUUUUGGAGCCAUGAUCUAAACUCUUGUCUCAUUCAUCAGCACAUUCUGGGCCCCCCUGACUAAGAUAUAUAUAUCUAGCACCAUCCACAGGUUCCGAUUCAAAUGUAUGUUUCAGGAUUUUUGCAGUGAAGUGUACAAUUCCUUUGGCUCCAAAAGCAUUUGAAACGUUUUACAUACGGCAUCUCCCCUCUGUCGUGUUUCAGUAUUGGAAGAGGAAUCAUUUUCUUUUUAUAUUGAUCCUGCUUCUAUGAUUAAAACACCAUGUUAUUCUGGAUCACUGUUUGAUGAUGUCACUAAAUUUACUGUGUCCAAUUGUAUAUGUGGUUAAAAAAAAUAUGAAUUCAAUAAAGAUGAUAAAGUGAU